AUGAUGGGGAAAACGAGGCAUUAUUAUCUGUUAUUGAACGAGAAAAAAAAUGAACAGUCUAAUGUAGACACACACCAACAAUGUCAACAAGAUCUAAAUGAAUAUCAGACGUUAACAACUGGAGAUAAACUGACUCUAACUGUUAAAAGCGUACCAGUAGACAACAAUACAGGACAAGAGCGAGAUAAAAUAACGAAUCAAAAGGUGAAAGCGAUUAGCGGGAAAAGUGGUGAAAUAAAAUACACGGACACAUAUUCCGACGAUAUGGAAAGUGAAGUGGAUAGCCGUCAGCAGGAAAUAUUGAUUAUUGCUGGACGUUUUCCACUCACAAAACGGAUCGGUGGAGGGUCAUUUGGUGAAAUAUAUUUAGCACAAGAUAUGUUACGAAAUAUGGCAGUUGCAGUUAAAACUGAACGAUAUGAUUGCAUUGUACCACAACUGCCGAUAGAAAAAGUAGUUUUUGAAAGGAUGAAAGAUUCGCAUGGAUUUCCAAAUAUGACUUAUUAUGGUCAAGAGAAACGAUAUUAUGUUCUUGUCAUGGAUCUCCUCGGUCCCAGUCUGGAGGAUUUAUUUAAUUUUUGUGAUAGAUCAUUUACUGAGCAUACCGCUGCAAUGGUAACGGAUCAAGCCAUUACACGGACGGAACAAAUGCAUGAUCGAUCAUUAUUGCAUCGAGACAUAAAACCCGAUAAUUUUCUCAUGGGAAUAGGUUCGAAAGCGAACAUAUUGUAUUUUAUUGAUUUUGGUUUAGCGAAAGAGUAUCGGGAUGUUGUGACGUACGUUCAUCGAGCUUUAAUUAUGGGAAAAUCGCUUACAGGCACAGCUAGAUAUGCAAGUAUUCACACACAUCGCGGAUUCGAACAGAGUCGACGAGAUGAUUUGGAAUCUGUGGUUUACAGUUUAAUCUACUUUUUACGUGGUAGUUUACCAUGGCAAGGCUUGAAAGCGAAAACAAAAUAUCAAAAAUAUGAGAAAAUUGCCGAGUUGAAACAAUCGAUUGAUGUUGAUGAGUUGUGCUAUGGUUUUUCUCAACAAGUAGUAACAUUAACAGCAUAUGUACGAUCACUGAGUUAUGACGAACGCCCCGAUUAUGAUUAUUGUAAACGAUUAAUGAGAUGCAUCGCGGUGCAGAACGGACAACAAUAUGAUUACAAGUUUGACUGA